AUGCAGGCCGCAAUGGCAGCUGCCGAAGUUCAUGAUGAUGUCAAAAGAAGGCUCAGGAAAACCUUAGGAGGUGGAAUGAGACAGGUUGCUAUCCUUUGUGCUGCUGCUUUGGUCGCUUUACAUGAGAAUGUUACAAACCUCGACACCGAUCACAAGAGAGCUAAGAUUUUAGCAGAGGGACUGAAUUAA